CAUGUAGCCUAAUGAGUGUCCAAGAAAGAACAGUGCGGUCAUAAGUGCCAUUUGGUGAGGACACACUCCUAAAAUAACAAAGCUGCAUGAGGGACUAUUGAUCUGAAAUACAAUGGCAUUACAACAUUCAGAUGACAACCUGAAGGGCCAUGACAAAACCAAGGCUGACCUCAGGAUUGUGCUCCUUGGUCAGACUGGAGCUGGGAAGAGUGCAACAGGAAACACCAUCCUGGGGAGGGAGGCCUUCAAAGCAGAAUUAUCCUCUGACUCUAUGACUGCAACCUGUCAGAUUAAGGAUAGUAAGGUGGCAGGGAGGCAUAUUACAGUUGUUGACACACCAGGCUUAUUUGAUAAAAUAAAGAGUAGAGAUGAACUGAAAAGUGAGAUAGAGAAGUGUGUUGAUAUGUCUGUUCCUGGACCUCAUGUCUUCCUGCUGGUGAUCAGAUUAGAUGUGAGAUUCACAGAAGAGGAGAGAAAUGCAGUCAAGUGGAUCCAGGACAACUUUGGUGAAAGAGCGGCAAAGUUCACCAUGGUGCUGUUCACUCAUGCUGAUAAGCUCAAGGGAAAAUUAGUGCGAGAUGUAAUAAAAAACGACCUUCGGAUCUUAGUAAAAAAGUGUGGGGGUGGAUCUCAUGCCUUUAAUAAUGAAAAAAGGGAUAGCCAGACUCAGGUCACAGAGCUGCUGGAAAAUAUUUCUAUCAUGCAGGAGAAGAAUGGGGAGAAAUUCUACACAAACGAAAUGUAUAAGGAGGCUCAGGAAAAAUUGAGAGAAGAGAGAGAGAGAGAAAGAGAGGAAGACAAAGGGAGACAUAAAGAGAGAGAGAGAAAGGAAGAGGGGGGGAGAGAGGCAGAAGAGAAUGGACCAAGCCACAAGGGCCAAGAUCAAGAGGAACGUCACGGUGAGAGUGUCUGCUCACUGAAGUAG